GAAAAAGAAAAACUGAAGGUUGGAGUAGAAUCUUAAAUUUCUUAUUACUGAGACUGACAUUUGACGAGCGUUAACAACUUAAUGCAUGCAUAAUUUACAUACUGUAAAGAGAAAAAAAAAGGUUUAGUGUGUAUAGUAAUUAUGGUUUGUGUAAUUUAAGUGUGUCUCUAGCAUUAAUGCUACCUUCAUUCGUACAUCUCAUUGGUGUACCUUUGGUAUGUGCCAUACAACUACAAUGUGCCUUCUCGUACUUAGAACCAUAACAUGUACGGCAACAUCUUCAUGCACAACAACAUUAUUUUAUCCUUCUCAAAUAACUAAAACAAUGUCAAAAUAACUUCGUAAUCAAAGAGAUAUAACAUUUCCUUGAGUUUAUGUCAAGUAAUCUUUAACACCCUAUCAAGUAACACAACCUUUCAUUAUAAGAAAUUCCCAUAAAGUAAAAUGUUUUAAAAGGAAUUAUAGUAGUCUUUUGCACCUUUCUACAUAGAAUUAGAAAACCACUUCUUUAUGCUGCCAUUUAUUACCCCAGACCAAAACUAAUUUAGGCCAAUGAAGUAUGGAAACUUAGAAAAAUAGUCUUUCAAAUUAUUCAAAUCUCAUUGGAUACUUUAACAAACUAGAGAAACUUUGGGUGAUAUUGCUGUGAAAUGUCACAACUGAUAACACGAUAACCGCAAUACUUAAACUUGAAAUUAGCACUUGCUUUUCUGAAUGUGCCAUGACAUACCUAUCAAAAUUCAAAUCUUACUUUACAAACACAAACGUGACACGUGGCAGAAACCCAACAGUCCAUUGAAUUCUCCAAAAGCCGGCAAAAUGAGUAUUAUAAAAACAGAGAGAGUCCUCUUCAAAUGAGACCUUUCAAGUUUACUUUUUCAUUGUAAUCUUCUCCUACCACUACGUGUUUCUCAGUGAACUGACCUCCAGCUCUAACUUACAAUUCUCACCCUCUUUCUCAAAUUCAAUCAAGCUUAAUCAGUCCACCAAGGACAUUUUCGUAAUCUUCAUCCCCCUGAACAUCUCAGCCGGCUUAGAAUUAUUAUUUGCCGCCUGCGCCACUCUAAUGAUUUUAUUUCUUUCUUUUUUUUUUCAUUUAAAAAUAUUAUUUUCAAAGAAAAAUCCUAAACAACAAAAUCCCACAUUUCGUAUUUUUCAUUAGUUCUCUGAAAAAAAAAGGUCCAAGUUACUAAGAUGAAGAAAUAUGGAAACGAAUCACUACUGUUUUCGGACUCUGUUAAGCCGCGAAAGCCAAAAUCCCGAGAAGUAAGCUCUCGUUUUCUAUCUUCAAUCGAAACUGGAAUCCCAUCUCCGACUCAAGGCCUCUCACCGGUUCGGAGAAAACCAGGCACGUCGACUUUUCCCGAACUGAAGAAAAACCGGGCUCAUCAUUAUCAUCAGCUCGAAGACCCCGGUUAUCUACGUGGACUCUGGCCUUCGUCAAUUACCGCUACUACUUCUUCUUCUUCACCAUCAUCUUCAGCCAAUAAGCUUGACACUUUGGCUGAUCAUCUGGGAAAUGACAGGCUCAAUGAUCUUCUGGAGAGAAAAAGCUCUGACAUUUUCGAAAGACAGAGAAGUUCCAGAGAGACAAAUAGGUUCGAGAACGAUAAACAAAGCAGCAAAGAAAAUCACAGGCCAAUUCUUGGAGGGUCAAUGAGAUAUUAUACAGGAAGUAGUAGUAGUAGCUCGGGAUUUUCAGGGAAAGUUUCUUCGAGUACUAAGGUAUUUAAUAACAACAUCAUCAGUAAUUCAAGCUCAGAUAUAGUAGUUCCCGGGAGAUUUUCUGUGGAUGAAAAUGCUUUACAUCAAAACCCAUCACGUCGAAUGUCGGAUAAUUUUUCAGAAGUAUUGGAUUUCAGUGAUGGGUUUUCUUCGAGAGUUAAAAAAACAGGGGUUGAAGUUUCUUCAAAGUACAUGAACGACAUAACAACAACAUCAACAAGUACAAGGUCUAGAAGAGGAGCUACUGAUUCGAACAUAUCGAAUCCAGUGUCGUUGGAUAGGUCUCCGAGGUUGGGAAAACUUUCGAUCAAAAACGCUAUCAAAAGGGCUAAUUCACUUACGUCUGGUAGUACUGGUGGAAAGUCUCAAUGGGCUUUAUCGCCUGGGAGAUCGAGUUCACCUUCUCUGUCUGUUGAAAGUAAAGGAAAAUUGCAAUCUUUUUCCAGUUUGAAACCUCCUCCUACUACCACUACUACUUCUACUACUAAUAGUCCAUCAAAAACAAAUAAAAGGGUUGAAAAGCUUUUCAACAUGAGUUUAGGCUUGUUUAAAAGCAAGAAUCUUUCUUCACCUUCUUCCUCUUCUUCUUCUUCAACUACUACUACCACUAUUGUUAAUUCUAAUUCUUCUUCUUCGAAUUCUCUGACCGGAGGAGGGUAUAGUUUUAUUGAGGCCAGUCAUCAACUUCGGGUGCUUCAUAAUCGGUUAAUGCAGUGGCGUUAUGCAAAUGCCAGAGCUGAGGCUGUGGAUUUCAAUAUAGCUAAUCAUGUAAAGAGAAAUUUGUCUAGUGCUUGGGAUGGUUUAACAAAGUUGCAACACUCAGUGGCACAAAAAAGGAUACAGCUUCAGAAGGAAAAGCUUGAAAUGAAGCUCAACUUUAUACUUCAAUCUGAGUUUAAGCUAUUGGAGGCUUGGGGAGACAUGGAAAGGCAGCACUUAGCUUCAGUUUCCACAACUAAAGAUUGUUUACAUUCAGUUGUUUGCAAAGUACCCUUGAUAGAAGGGGCAAAGGUAGAUGUUCAAUCAGCUUCACUCACAUUCAGACACGCUUCAGAUCUCACUUCUGCCAUUAAAUCAAUGCUAACAACUUUUCAUCCUUCGGCUGGGAAAAUUGGUCCAUUAAUAUCAGAUUUAGCAGAGGUAGUUGCACAAGAGAGGUUGCUCCUAGAGGAGUGUCUUGAACUUUUUAGAACCAUAUCGAUCCUAGAGCUUAAAGAAAGGCAUUUGAAGUCUAGUGUUAUCCAAAUGGAGUUUUGGCAACAACAACAAGAGAAGCAGCAGAUGCCACAACGAGUAGGAUCGGCACUAAGUUGAUUAUGAAGUUUGGUCUACUCAAGUGUGUGCCUAUACAUUAAAUUAUUAUUGUGCAUAGUAUUUACAACAUUUUGAAGUAAUGUGAUUCAUAUCAAGGUAUUUAUAUUGGGCAAGAGACUUGGUUUCCAAUUUAUGAGCAUCUCAUAUCUGUUUCUGUUGGAAGUUUUGAGUGAAUUUUACAAAAUAAGAUAAGUGAAGUGUGUAAUAUUGUAAAGAGUCUUAUAUGGGAUAGAAACACUUAUUUGUAAGUGUAUAUAAGAAGCAAAUAUGAGAUUUGAGUUUGGGCUCUAAGGAUCACCUAGUUUAGUGCAAAUGGAUGAAGACUCACACAUUAGACCAUCACAUGUGCGUGUUGCCGUCUAACUAUGUUGUGACGAGCUCAAUAGCCGGGUUAGAAUGGUGUCAUUUUAAUUUUUUACUGAAAAAUUAUUUAAUAAAAUAAAUGUUUUUAUUUAUUAAUUAAUUAAUUAUUUUAUAACAUUUAGGGUGUAAUAGAGCUAUUUCGUUUGGUGCAUAAAGAAAUAGUAUUGAGGUUGUUUCACCCUAGGAAUGCAGUGGUUGAUAGACUAUUGUGUAGAGAAUACAUCUUCUCUGCACAGAAAAAAUUCUUCAUUCAUAAACCCUUACAAUUUUGAACAAUAAAUUUUUGGGGUGUAAUAAAGCGAUUCUAUUUGGUGCAUAACAAAAUCGUAUUGAGGCUCACACACCAGACCACUACAAUCGCGCGUCGCUAUCUGAUUGUGUCAUGCUGAGCUUAGUUGGUGGGUUUGUAACGCCUUAAUUAAAAGAAUGCCACAUGUCGUGGUUACAUCGUGCUAAUAUCGUUAAUCAGGGUCUACUAAGCCAAGUGGAUUAAAAUAAAACAACCAAAGAAUAAAAUCAAAUUAAAGUAACUUAUACUUUAAACUAAAAUAAUAUUACAUAUCCAAGAUCUCGUAAAAUAUUAUUUAAAAUAUUACAAGUUGUUUACACAAAAGCCAGCCUAAGCAGUAAAAUAAAAUUUCUAAAGCAAACUCCAUGUAAGAGCCAACUCUCGCUGUCUAACUUGGCUAGCUAAAACAUGUACAAUCCAUUGUCGAAGCCCUCACGCUCAUGGCUGGUUUGGCGCUGCCUUACUCUUGCUUGCACAUCUAAACUCGUGAUCCAAAGCUCAACAAGAAAGCAUAAUCAAACCCAAAAACAAACACAUAGUAUAAUGAUCACAUUAAAUACGCCAUUGCAUUAAUAAAUGUGCCAAUGCGCUAAUAUAACACGCUACAAUAUUUAUGAUGAUGUCACAACAUUUUAAGUCUAUUUUGUAUAGACUACACGUGCUACACUCACAUAUGUUUACUUUAUAAGGUCUUAUUAUGAUUUAUUUUCGUUUUCGUGAGUCUAAUCUAGUCAUGCCUUGAACGCAUAACCCUUAGCAUUUAUCCAGACAACUCAUUUAACAGAUGCUCAUAUAUAAAAAUUUUAGAGUAUUAACCCUAACACAUAUUUCUAUUUAGCUAUCUGCAUAGCAUAUAAAGAUGCCACAUCACUAAACUCUAAGUGCACGACUCUCUUUCUUACCUUUAGUUCCAAAGUAUGUGGAGAAUUCCAAUCCAUGAGUGAUCUCGAGCAAGUGUCGGUAAUCCUAACCACAGUCUCAGGUUUAAAAAUAAUUGGAUUAAUUCUCAAUCACAUACUACAUUUAUAAAUAAUCAAGAUUCAUAGACUAGACCAAAUUAUAGAGCUCUUUCAAGAGCUUUUGAACGGUAUAAAAUAUGU